AUGUCUGCUGCACUCCCAGUUACCCUCCACGACGUUCUCUCUCAAGCUACUGAGCGAUACCCUUCGCACGAGUUCGGUUUCAUCACAUCUUCCGCUCACGAUUCAUCCAUCCGAGCGACGACAUUCAGCUCUUUCAACCAGAAUGUGCGCAACCUCGCCCGCGCCAUGCUGGCUUGGGAAAAGCCCGCUGGCUCAGUUAUCGUUGUCUAUCUGACUGAGCACGAGGAUAACAUGGCUGCUGUUUGGGCCUGUCUCCUCGCAGGCUACGUCCCGUGCUUGCAACCUGCCCUUAGUGCCCAGCAGGCUCACAAGGAGGGCCAUGUCGCUCAUAUCAAAAACCUGUUCUCCUCCGCCAUCUGGCUCACUAAUGAAGCCGGAGCUGACCAGGUGAAUUCCAUAAGCGGUUUGGACAUUCACCUUCUUUCGGAGCUCAAGGCGUCCGCUUCAAAAUACAACGUUUCUGCUGACUGGGUCGCCCGUACGGCCCAGCCGGAUGACGAGGCAAUCCUAUUUUUGACCUCUGGAUCGACCGGCUUCUCCAAAGCAGUCGUCCACACCCAUCGCACUAUUUUGGCGGCUUGCUACGCCAAAGGAGAGGCAUAUGGUUUGACUUCGAAGACUAAUGUACUUAACUGGGUCGGCUUCGACCAUGUUGCGGGUUCCUUGGAAAUGCAUAUCACUCCCUUAUUGUUUGGUGCCUCUCAACUUCACGUCCACGCUUCCGCUAUCCUCUCCGAUCCUCUUCGUUUCCUCCGUCUGAUCGACGAGAAGUCCAUCAACAUCGCCUUUAGUCCUAACUUCUUGCUUGCGAAACUCACUCGGGACUUGGAGAAGAGGUCCGAUCUUAUCGGGGCUUUCGACCUCUCUUCAAUCAAGCGUAUCAACAGCGGAGGCGAGGCUGUCAUUUCGAAGACUGCCCAGUCAUUCGUUACUGUCCUUAAGAAGCUCGCAAAAGACCCUCUCAAAGUUUCUUUCGUCAUUUCAGCUGGAUUCGGUAUGACCGAGACUUGUGCCGGAUGUAUCUAUGAUCCGGUGGACCUCAGCACUACUGAGCCAAAGCACGAAUUCCUCGACUUGGGUCGCCCUGUGCGUGGUUGUGAGAUGCGCAUCGUCGACCCCGAAGAUAGCAAAACGCUGCAAGUCCGUGGCCCCAUGGUAUUCGUUCGCUACUACAACGACGCGGAGGCCACAUCCUCCAGCUUUGUUGAAGGUGGCUGGUACCGCACCGGUGAUGUCGGCAUCAUCGAGAAUGGUGUCAUGCGUCUCAGUGGCCGCAUCAAAGACACUGUCAUCGUACACGGUGUGUCAUACGGCAUUCCAGAGCUGGAGACGCACCUCCAGACUAUCGAGGGUGUCACGCACUCCUUCCUUGCUGCUGCUCCCUACCGUGCACCUGGGCAGGAAACUGAAGGGUUCAUCAUCUUCUACUCUCCUACUUUCGACCUUGACGGAGAGGAUGCUUCCACGAAACUGUUCGCCACGCACCGCGCCCUCCGUGACAUCUCUGUGAAGAUGAUCACCCUCCCUCCGCAGAUUGUCAUCCCCAUCCCCAUCAACCAGAUGGAGAAGACUACUCUUGGAAAGCUCUCGCGAGCCCGCCUCAUCAGCCUCUUCAAGCAGGGCGAACUUGCUAAGCACAUAGCUCGUGCUGAAGAGCUUCUGAGCGAGGCACGCGGUGCUUCGUUUGUUGCCCCUUCCACGGAGACUGAGAAAGCUCUUGCUAAUAUUUACGCUGGGAUCUUCAACCUCAACGAGAAUGAAAUGUCCGCAAGCGACAACUUCUUCGAGCUCGGUGGUACCUCUAUUGAUGUUAUCAGACUCAAGCGCGAAGGCGAAGAGCACUUUGGGUUGCCCGAGAUACCCACCAUUCAGAUUCUCAAGCACCCCGUCAUCUCCAGCUUGGCGAACUACAUCAACGCUUUGCUCUCUAAGGACAGCACCACCGAGGAAUACGACCCCAUCGUUCCCUUACAACUCACGGGUAACAAGACACCCAUAUUCUUCGUUCACCCCGGUGUCGGCGAGGUUCUCAUUUUCGUGAACCUUGCCAAGUACUUCCAGAAUGAGCGUCCGUUCUACGCUCUUCGGGCUCGUGGCUUCGAGCCAGGUCACCCUUUCUUCACCUCCAUGGACGAAAUGGUAUCUACAUACGCUGCUGCAGUUAAGAGAACUCAACCCACCGGUCCUUAUGCCAUCUCUGGCUACAGUUAUGGUGGUGUUGUCGCUUUCGAGGUUGCUAAGCGCCUCGAGGCUAUGGGUGAUGAAGUCAAAUUCGUCGGUCUUAUCAACAUCCCCCCUCAUAUCGCCGACCGCAUGCACGAGAUCGACUGGACUGGUGGUAUGCUCAACCUAUCAUACUUCCUUGGCCUUGUAACAAAGCAAGACGCCAAUGACCUCGCGCCCACUUUGAGGCCCCUUUCGCGGAAGGAGCAACUGGAGGUGGUGUGGAAACUAUCACCUCCAGAUCGUCUUAUCGAGCUCCAGCUCACGCAAGAGAAGCUUGACCACUGGGUCGACAUUGCUGGUUCUCUGAUUGAAUGCGGCAAGGACUACAACCCGUCUGGCUCAGUUUCUGCUCUUGAUGUCUUCUACGCCAUCCCUUUGAAAGGAAGCAAGUCUGACUGGCUGAACAACCAACUCAAGCCUUGGGACGGCUUCAGCCGUGGCGCGGCCUCAUACACUGACGUUCCCGGACAACACUACACACUCAUGGACUUUGAUCACGUUCCACAAUUCCAGAAGAUCUUCCGCAACCGUCUCGAGUCUCGUGGUAUUUAA